AAGCAGGUAGCAGCAGGCUGCUGGAAGUGGGCACGCAGAACCAUCCCGUCGGUGCCUGGGUAUAGACGUUGCGCUCAGCAGUUCCAUCGCCACGGUACCCGAUUUCAACCUGUUGCGUGCGAAAACUACAACCGUGUCCACAGUUGAUUGUGGUCAUUUGCCGAGGUGUGACACGGUCGGUGAGCAUUUCCGGGACGUGGGCAACUCUGCCCGUCCGUUUAACGUGUUCAGCGCACUAUCGUUUCUAUCCAUUCAAUCGAAAACUGGUUUCUGGUGAAUGAAGUUUUGGGUGUGAAAAAGCGUCGACGUGAACCUGUGUGAAUCGAGAAAGAAGGUGAUUUUUGAAUGAAAUCAAAGGAUGCGCUAGCGCGGUUAGCAGCAGCACGAAAAAGAUUCGUGUUUCGUUUUUCGCGUGCGCUUAAUGCAGACGAUUUUGCGCCGUGAACAGCAGCAGUAGCAGCGGCAUCCUUGUUUUUCCCCCCACCCUGGGUGAUCAGUUUCCACGGUUACUCUCAAAAGGAAAACAAGCAAAUUCUUGCAUCAAACCGCAUGCAACACACUGCAGUAGCAGUAGGCAGCGCCAGCAAGCAGCAAGUGAUUUUCGGUCGAAUUCCGGAACCAGAGUACGAUUUGUUGUGUGUGUUGUGCGUGACGUUUUCUUUUCGUGUGUUGUUUGCUUAUUGCUCGGUGCGUGCAAACUCUGUGUGGUAGUUUCGUCCGUGCAGUAAAGUGUGUGUGUGUGAUCAAUAAGCUGCUGCGAUUUGGCGGGACCACUUGGUAAAUUCGGAAUUUCUACUAAAAACGUUUCUUAUCGGUGUGAAAUAACAGUACUGGAGGAUAUCGUUAAACAUAAAUAAUAUUUUUGAGUGAAAAUAAGAAACACAAGCACAUCGACUACCUUCUGCCACGGUCAUGUUUUACCAUUCGCCGCUGGUGGUGGUCGUCAUCAACCGUUCCAGUAACGUUUAUGAGCAAAGUUUGCGCCAAGGAAGUGCCGAUCGAAGUGGAAGAACUUGCUGCAUAUGAUAUCAGUGCGUGUUUAGUGGCUUAAACCCCUUUUUAAAAGCUCAUUAUCAGUGUUUUUAGUAAGGAACGAAUUCUUUGUGCUGGUUCACGAAGAAAAGAAAAAAGUAAAACAAAAGGUAGCAUUUUUGUUAAGGUACAAAGUGUUGAAGAAACAAAGUGAUUUGUGUGUGAAGUUGAUGUUGCGAUCUAAACUCAAAGUGUACACCUCACGUCCAGAGAACGUCUUUCUAUCGAGAUUUUGGCGUCAGCCGGUAGCAUCUUCAAAUUUUAUCGAUAUCUCUCUGGUGGGAUAAAGAAAAUCCAUCUACCACUCAUCAUAACUAGCGCCAAAAGCUCUCUCUGCGGCGACUAAACGUCAGUGUUUUAGGAUAUGCCGUCACUACCCAGCAUCCAGCUGCCGGCCACCACAACUACCAACACCGGAUCCGCCAACCGUACGAUGGUGGUAGACACGACGAAGCAGAUGCUACUUCCGGGCCAUGUGGCGGUGAUGCAUGUGACGACAUGCGGCCAAAGUGGGCCCGGGCUCGGUUCGGACGAGAAGGAGAUCGUACUGCUGAUUUACGUAAUCAUCGAUGUGCAGACAAAUAAUAUAAUUGGCGUGAAGCAGUAUCUAGUCCGGCCGAGAAAUUCGACAUUCCGCACCGAGUCAUCGGGCAGCAGCAACGCUCUCGGUGCGCUGUCCGGCAGCAGUCUUACCGGCAGCAACAGCAACAUCAGCAACAGCAGCACCAGCAGUACGGCGACGGUGGGUGCCGCCGGAUGCCCUGCCGGCGGUGGCCUGGUCAACGCAUGCUCGGCCGCGGGUGUCGGCGGAUCGACGGCGGACAGUAGUAGUAGCAACAGCAGCACGGCGCUUGCUGUCCCGGUAGGCUCCACGUCUCCGGGCGCUGUCGCCGUACCGUCCCCGCCGGAAUGUGCAAUAACGCAGGAGAUCCCGGCCAUCGAAUCGCUGGUGCAGACCAACGGGCGUCCCCUGGAGGAAGUGAUCCAACAGUUCGACGAGUACACCAAGUCGCUCAACCUGGACCCACACUGUCCCAGCUUUCGGCUAGUCACCGACGGACAGCUCCCACUCCGGCAGUGUCUCCAUCCCGAAGCGAGUGCCAAAGACAUCGACCUGCCACAGUACUACUGGCGGUUUUGUGACCUGCGGAAGGAGUUUGUGCGCUUCCGGGCCGGCGAUCUGUCCCGUGCGCUGGUCCCGAUUGCCGAGGCCCAGAAGCUCGCGUCCAUGCCAAGUCUGCCGCCGACUCCGGGCUCGGUUGCUGAAAUUAUUAAAGACCUAGAACUGCAAGCCUGUCAAGACAAUAAUGAGUUCUACGUGAAAGAAGCACGCGACAUGGUGACGAUCGUGAAACAUCUGAUCACUCUAGGACACAAAUUUGAAGCGAAUGAAAUAAUAAACCUAAAUCUGGAGCCUGGCAUAUGCUCGAUCGACGACGAAAUCGAUGGAACGUGUAUAGUGCGUGCACGUGGACUGCCCUGGCAGAGCAGCGAUCAGGAUAUUGCCAAGUUCUUCCGUGGAUUGAAUGUGGCAAAGGGUGGUGUAGCACUUUGUUUAUCGCCACAGGGACGCCGUAACGGCGAAGCAUUGGUACGGUUUGUGUCACAGGAACAUCGCGAUAUGGCGCUCAAACGACACAAGCAUCACAUCGGCAAUCGAUACAUCGAGGUGUAUCGAGCCAACGGGGAAGACUUCCUGGCCGUGGCUGGUGGUGCAUCAAACGAAGCGCAAGCCUUCCUGUCGAAGGGCGCCCAGGUAAUCAUCCGGAUGCGAGGAUUACCGUACGAUUGCACUGCAAAGCAGGUGCUUGAUUUCUUCGCAAACGGCGAAAACAGCUGCAACGUGCUGGAUGGUGCCGAUGGCAUACUGUUCGUGAAGAAACCGGACGGCCGGGCAACGGGCGAUGCGUUCGUACUCUUCGAGCAGGACACGGACGCGUCGAAAGCACUGUCGAAGCAUCGGGAAUCGAUCGGGCAGCGCUACAUUGAGCUGUUCCGCUCGACAACGGCAGAAGUGCAGCAGGUUUUGAACCGGUCGAUGGAUCCGAAGACCUACGAGCCACCGCAACCACCGCUGAUUGCACAGUUACCGCAGGUCCAGAUGCAACUAUUACCCCAGCACGUCAUCACUAGCGGAAUCGAGAAGAACUGUAUCCGGUUACGAGGGCUUCCGUAUGAGGCGAAGGUGGAACAUAUACUACACUUCCUGGACGACUUUGCCAAUCACAUCGUCUACCAGGGCGUGCAUUUGGUGUACAACGCUCAGGGUCAGUUCAACGGUGAAGCAUUCAUUCAGAUGGACUCGGAGACGGCCGCCUACCAGUCGGCGCAACAAAAACACCACAAAAACAUGAUGUUCGGCAAGAAGCAGCGCUACAUCGAGGUGUUCCAGUGUUCCGGCGACGACAUGAACAUGGUGCUGAACGGUGGCUUCCAGCAGCCGGCCAGCCUGUCAAAACCGUCGCUCCUCUCACCGGGUAUGUUACCGACAGGGGCCACACAGCCACCGACACAAUCCCCCCAGACGCUCUCACUCUCCCAAAUUCCGCUACCGAUUCCAUCUCCGCUCGCUCUCUCGGUACCGCCGCCGAACCAUCAGCUGCUCGCUCAGCAGCAAGCACAGUACAUCGCGCAGCACAAUCUGCUGGCGCGCCAGGCAGCGGCCGCCCAGCAACACCAGCAACAUCAGCAGGAACAGCUGAUGCUACAGAAUCUGGGCAUGUACGUAACCGGUCCACCGACCAGCGUCGCUACCUCGUUGAGUGUGUCACAGCAGGGUAGUGCCGUUGCGGCCGGUACACCAACGUACGUUACGGCCGGUAGCGCCGGUGGACUGCCGACCUCUGUGACCGGUGGUAGCGCUGGUGCUGGUGGCGGGUACGGGUACGGGCACGGCGGUUCAUCGGCCGGUCUUGCCGGUUUGGGUGCCGCUUCCGCAGCGUCCGGUGCAAGUGGUGCGGGCGGUUUGCCGCCCCACCUAACCGGCGGUGGUCAUCCGGGCCAUUCGCUGGCCGCCCAGUACCACCAUCCGCUGUACUUUAUGCACCGGCAGAUGCUCGCAUCGAACGGUGGCAUACCGAUGGGGUUGAUGGCCCCGUCGCAUUCGGCAGCAGCAGCAGCUGCAGCAGCCGCUCACCACCACCAUGCCGCUGCGGCAUUCCAGCAUCAGCUGCAUCACUUUGGAGGUGGUGGUCCGGCCGGUGCAACCACCGGCUCGGGUGCGUCCAGUUCGCUGGCGCAUCAUGCAUCCGGCUUGGUGCAUCACCCGUCCCAGCAUCACGCAAUGCAGGCGAUGGCGGCCGCCGCCGCCUCACAGUCGGCUGCGGCCGGUAUGCUUCCGUCCAAGCGUUCGUACGACAGUGCGUUCCGCGGUGAUCAGUCGGCGGCGCUGGCGUCCACCGCCGGCAGUAAACGACCCUUCCACGGUACACCGACACAGGGUGCGGCUGCGGCGGCUGCUGCAGCAGCGGCGGCAGCUUCAGUCGCAUUGUACGCACCGUACUAUCAUCCACACAUUUGAUGCGAAGGAACAUACUUUUUAAAGUUUUGAUUGCGAUUCUUUUUUAACGUUCGCGUUGGCAUUCGGAUCUGGAACGAACGCUAGCGUGAAAUUAGACAAGGUAAUUUUGUUAUUUAUAAGGCUGCAAAUCCCAUUAACGUUUAGAAAGACGUUUCAUAUAAAUAUUAAAAUUGACUUUCUGUGUCCUUGUAUAAGCAAGGGACUCGGUCGUUGUAUGGGGGGAGGUGGGAACCACACACAAUGCCUUGAUCAAUCAGUACCUAUACAGCUAAUGACCACUUUGUGGCAUUUUUUUUCCAUGUGUGCAUGCAUGUGUGUGUGUGUGUAUGUUUUUUUUUGCAUACUUAAUGCAGAUGCUACUAAAAGUACUUAUAUUGUUAAAUAAUGAUUGAGGGCAAGCAUCUACCAGUACUGUAAGGUAGGCGAUUAGGUUAGUUUAUUUUAGAUGGAGCACGUUGCCUGUUGCUGCUGAGCUGCUGCUGCUGAUGGUGUGAGGCGCAUUGUGCGGUAUUUUUUAAAACAUUACAACAAUCAAAAACACCCCAACUGGUGCAAUGAUAUUGCGAACCAAAUCAUGCAGUAGUUUUGGACACAUUUCCUUCCUUUGCUCGUGCUCACUUUCUAUCACCAACUCUUUUGGGGUUUUAUUUCGUUCCUUCUUUCUUUGCUCUCGCUCCGUCUCUCGGAACAGCAGAUUCCCCGUUCCUUGUGUGUUGUCUACUAUUGUUCAUUUCCCUUCUUCUGGUUCCCGUUUUCUUUGCCUGCUAUUUUUGUUUUAUUUUUUGCAAGACUUGGUUGCUCUUUGCUUGUCUUAUAAUCUUGUAUAGGGAAAGAAAUUUGGAAAGUACAAGGGGGAUACUUGUUGGGUGGUUGUGAACAUGAAUAGGAAUAUACGUAUACAGCUUGAACUAUUAGUAUACAACUUCGUGACCUGCUUUCCUAUGUUUCCUGAGCUCCUUUCCGAACCUGUUCCCUAUCUGAAUGCAACACACACACAUACAUACUCACCCCAUACAAAGACACAUUCGCUGAUGCUAAGACCUAUGUCGACCAUUCUUCGCGAUGCUCCUUCCAACUUCAUUUCCAACUGACCUACCCAUCCAUCCACACACGAUUCCGACACACACACACAGACACUACAAACGAAAGGUGCAUAUGAGCCGGUUGUGUUGUGUAAAAGUACUUGGCUAAUAUUAUCUUGUGUAUGUGAGCAACACGGGUGUUUGUGUGCGGUUUAAACGUGUAGCGAAAGCUGGAAGGGGGCGAAUGUGUGGGCGGAUGCGCCCGCGACGGGAGGAGGGGGGUCAGGAUAUGCGCGCAGACGGGAUUUAGGUUAAAGCAAAUUACAAACGGUGUUGGGUCGGUGCUGCAGAGCCACCGGUACGCGUUUCCUGUUUAACAUUUGACACUUUUCUUACAUUACAAUACUAUACUAUUAUUAUGUGUGCGUUUUACUAUGUGUCUGUGCGGUACAAAACACAAAACAAAGGGGCAGUGUAGAAAGGGUGGCAAUAGUAACCGGAGCUACUAGAUAUGUGUUUUCGUUUUUCUUCUUUCCCCUGUAGAGAUCGUUAGUUGGUGGAACAAACGUACAUACAAAAAAAAAAAACCGCAUAAACGACAUCCCAUCUCCAAACAGCAAAACCAUUCAAUUGGGCUUUUUAGAAAUUGUAAUAAUAAGAGAGAGAUAGAGAGAGCGGUAUAAACGGGAAGCUUCAUUAAAAAUGCAAUAGGGAAUAUUGGGGUGGGCCGAAUCACAUUAAACGUUGUGUAAUGUGAGUGUGUGUGUACUGUAGUUUUGCAAAUGUCGGUGUAACUUGCAUUUUGUUGUGGUUCUUUGAAAAAAAAAAAGAAAAACAAAAGAGAAAAACAAAAUCCCAUUGUGUCUGACCCUAAUGUACUACCUUCAUUCUUUCAUCGUUUUAUUAUAACACUAAUCAACACACACACACGGCACACAAUAUAAGAUAAGUUUUCUCCCUUUUUUUUUUGUUUUGUUUAUAUUCAUAUUCAUAGUUAUCAUUGCCCACUACUAGUUACAAGUGAGAUAAGCAAAUUUAUUUUCUUUAGCUUUAAAAUCAUACUCUUGCGCUUAAAGCAACAAAAAUACAACAUAGAGGAACCUCUACACGCUGCUAGCUAUAUAUUAUAUGUAAACGAUAGACAAAAACAAAAAGAUGGAUAACUGCAUUACGCUGUGAUCGCGCUUUUCAAACACCAGGAAAACCAUGGGUGUGAAGACACAGACACAUGUAUAACUCUCUCUCAUUAUGGGAAGAAGAAAAAAAACAGUAAAAACAUGGAAAAAGAUACGGCAGGUGUAGUUUAGUAAUAAUAUUAAUAAUAUUACAUUCCAUUACAUGCGCACACACACACACACAGACACGCACAUACGUGAAAGUGUUUUGUUGUUGUUUUUUCUUACCUUCUUAUCAUUAUCAUCAUGUUAUACCAAGCACUAACACAAACCACAAACCCCGUUCGAAUCUUCGAGGGGGUGGAAAAUUCCUUCUUCUUACAAACGUCCAUUAGGCAUGCUAAUAUUGACCCCUAGUAUGUAAGUGAACAAUUUCCGGUACGUUUUAUAUACACACACACGCAUCUAAAUGUUAUAGUGUAAUACACUACUGACCUAGUUAAAAUCUAGUUAAACACACACACACACACGCAGUCUUUGCUUCUGUUUUUUUUCUUGUACUGUUUUGCUGUUGUUUCUUCUGGGUGCGCGAAAUCGGAUUCUCGGACUUUUGUGUUGUGGUGUACUCUUAUGGUGAAAUGUGUGAUUUCUCCUUUCUUUACUGUUGUACAAUUGGUUAGAAGAGUUUUUGUUUGUAUCCUCGGAAUGGGAGCGAUAUGAUCGAUGUUUGCACAGGACAAGUGGUGGUGAGUGUGGGUGCAAAGAUCGAUCGAUUGAAGGAAACUCAUUGAAAGGUGAUGGUUCGCCGGAUGGUACUUGUCUUGUCGCGAAUGUGCGUUGCACCUGAACAGUUUCCCACCUUGAUGUUUUGGAGUACAAAAGAAGUUUCCAAUCGAUAGACUUGGAUCGCUAGACUCAAUUCUGUUGCCACUAGAAUCCAGAUAUUAGCUUCUUGACAGCUUCUUGGUUUAGAAUGUGAUUUGUAUUUCUUAAAUCUUAGCUUUUAUUUUUUCCCUUGAGCACUUGCGAGUCCAAUAAAAAGUAGCAUAUGAGGACGAACAGAACUUUUUGUUGGCCAAUACGCUGCUUUCCCAAAUAUUAUUGAAUCCGUCCCACACUAUAUUGACAAUUUCCCGAACAUUUAUGAAAUAGCCCCACUACCAAUGGACAGUUUCUCAAAUGUCUUUGAAUUUAUCCUGACGCAAUUUAGUAUCAAUAAUCCUCUUCUUCGUUGGCACAUCAACCUCGAGAGGUCUCGGUCUGCCAAUUGUGGCUUUCUGUGACUUGAUUUAACUCAUAGCUCCAAUCUUCAGUUCUGCGUACGGGGAAGCGGUCUGGAUGGGAUUUGAGCUCCGAUCCUGCUAUGCAAAGACCGGCGCCUCUAUCACCUCGACUCCAAGCAUCAAUAAUAGUGUUGAGAAAUUGUGGGAUGGAUUCAUAUAUUUGUAUAUUUGGGAAGGUAUUUAAACAACUCUGGGACAGCCGGAUGAAAAUCAACAUUACUCGGUCUAUUCGUUCUAAACGGGGUCGGUCUUCCGUUGUUGUUCACCCAUGCAAACACAAGCAAAGGCACACACACCCACACUCACCACCAACACUAGGCUUAAAGAAGUGGAAAAACUCUCUUCACACACACACAUACACUAAAAAAAGCAAAAAGGAAAACUGUGGCAAUUAAAUAUGAAAACUAGAAAAAAAAACCGGAUUGUGCACGGCAUUCAUUAUUCGAUAAAGUAACGCUGCUACUAGUUAAUAUCAAAACCAACCAACCCAACACACAGGUGUGCUCACACUCACUGCGAUUGGAAGUAGGAACUUAAUUUUAAAAUAAUUUUAUAUUUAGUUGGUAUCGUGUUUUUUUUUCUGUUUCUCUUUGAGAUGAAUACACCAAUUAAUAUACUA